GGGGGGCAGCCGGGCCUCGGCCAGCGGAGCCGCCCUGUCUGGCUGCGCGGCCGGGCUCUCCGGGCGGGCGGCACCUGCUCGUCCCCGUCCCCGGCGCCGACUGAGCGAGCGGCCCCAUCUCCGCGGGGUUGGAAACCGCCACCUCACCCACCAGCCGACGCAUGCGCACAGCCUGCUGCUGAACUCGUGCGUCAGCCUCCUCUGCUCAGGGGCCGCGGGCGGCGAACUGCGUGUCCCGCGCGGCGCCGGCGGCAGGGCCCCGUGGCAGCCAGGCCGCCCCCUCGCAGAGCGCUGGCGGCCGCUGAGCAGAGACUGGCGUGCCCGAGGUCACCUCUGCGGAGCCAGCGAGCACCCCCAGGGCUGGAGUCACCGCUAAUGGCCUGGCCCAGCCUCGGCGCUGGCCAGCUGCCUCCGCCUGCAAGCCGGGGUCGCCGCCCUGUGGCUGGAGUGUUGCACGUGACUUGUCGCCCGGGCUGGGGACGCUCGAGAAAAUGCUCAGUGGGUUCCUGGGGCCCUUUAUGUGCAGAUCUGUCACCCUGAAUUAAGUGACGGUGCCCGAGAGUUCUUGUUGCUGGGCUUCAGUUUCACCCUGGGAAUGAAAGCUCAGGGUUCGGCCCCUCAAAAGCCCAGGGAGACUGGUGGUCAGCAUAGAAAUGUGCAGCCUUUCAGUGAUGAGGAUGCAUCAAUUGAGACUAUGAGCCACUGCAGUGGCUUUAGUGAUCCUGCUAGCUUGACUGAAGAAGGACCUGAAGUCGAUGAAGAAGCAACUCAAGAAGACUUCGAGUACAAGUUAAAGGGAUUCAUUGACCUUACCUUGGACAAGAGUGCAAAGACAAGACAAGCAGCUCUUGAAGGUCUUAAAAAUGCUCUGACUUCUAAAAUACUAUACGAAUUUAUCCUGGAAAGGAGAAUGACUUUAACUGAUAGCAUUGAACGCUGCAUAAAGAAAGGUAAGAGUGAUGAACAGUCUGCAGCAGCAAGGCUGGCAUGUCUUCUCUGUGUGCAGUUGGGGUCAGGAAUUGAAAGUGAAGAAAUCCUUAAAACCCUUGGACCAGUUCUCAAGAAGAUAAUCUGUGAUGGAACAGCUAGUAUCCAGGCUAGACAGGCUUGUGCAACCUGCUUGGGAGUUUGCUGUUUCAUAGUCACUGAUGAUAUUACUGAACUGUAUUCAACUAUGGAGUGUCUGGAAAACAUAUUCACAAAAUUCUAUCAGAGAGAGAGAGAUGCUAAUGGCAUCUCUAGCACCCACAACACAGUGCUUUACGUCAGUGCACUUUUAGCAUGGACUCUGUUGCUGACCAUCUGUCCAGUGAGCGAAGUGAAGAAAAAACUUGAAAUGCACUUACACAAACUUCCGAACUUGUUAUCUUGUGAUGAUGUCAACAUGAGAAUUGCUGCUGGAGAAACACUAGCUCUUCUGUUUGAACUGGCACGAGAAACAGAAGCUGAUUUCUUUUAUGAAGACAUGGAACUUCUAACACAGAAACUAAAGGACCUGGCUACAGAUGGAAACAAGCACCGUGCCAAAGUAGACAAAAGAAAGCAGCGAUCUGUCUUUAGAGAUGUCUUGCGAGCAGUAGAGGAGCGUGACUUUCCUACAGAGACUGUCAAAUUUGGACCUGAGCGCAUGUAUAUUGACUGCUGGGUUAAGAAACAAACAUAUGAUACCUUCAAGGAGCUUCUGGGAUCAGGGAUGCAAUAUCAUUUGCAGUCCAAUGAGUUUCUUCGGAAUGUGUUUGAACUUGGACCACCAGUAAUGCUUGAUGCUGCAACUCUUAAAACAAUGAAGAUAUCCCGUUUUGAAAGGCACUUGUACAACUCUGCAGCAUUCAAGGCUCGAACAAAGGCUAGAAGCAAAUGUCGUGACAAAAGAACAGAUGUGGGAGAAUUUUUCUAGAUCUUCCAUGUGGGUUCCAAUGUUGAAGACUCGUAAUUUCAUAAUUUUCUAUAAAUGUAAUUGUUGUAACCUUGAAAUUUGAGAUUUAAUUUAUAUAUCCACAUAGCUUACACUUCAUUGCACAGGGAUAAUAUCUAAUGUAUAGUAUCUGUAAAUGUUAUGCAUGUUAUAAUUGUUUUAGUUGUGUGUGUACUGUUGUAUAUAGGAUUGAUCUAAAAUUGGGUGGAAAUGUAACUUGUAGCACUUAUGCUGGAUCAAAAUCACUCAUGAAUUUGGUAAAUAUAGCAACAAUUCAGUUGUUAGAUGGCUCUGAAGGCUAUAUAUGUAUUAAACUGCCAAAAUUGUCUGACCCAGCUCAUCUUGGAUUGGCAUUAAUACAGUAAUGAAAUUACGUAGAACAAGUCUUCUUGAUAAGAAGAGCAGAGUACAAGAACAAACAUGCCUCUGGAACGGCUGCUAUUUCUUUGUUCAAUUAUACCCUGUAAUUUUAACUUUUUUUUUAAACUGGCUGAUGAGCUGACAAAUGGCAGAAGAUAUAACCUUACUGUAUUAUACCAGUGCCAUGAAGUCCUGCUGUUGGCACUUAAAAUGAAGUAGUAAAUAGUACAAAUAUACUUGACUACAUUUAACUUAAAAGUGGUGACACAUUUUACAUAUUUACUUGUAUAAGACUGUUCCAUCUUUGGAAUAAAAAAUCUUUCUCACUGAA